AUGGUCCUCCGCAUCCGCCUGGCGCGCUUCGGGACAAAACGCAAGCCCAUCUACAACAUCGUCCUGUCACAAGCGAAGACAGCGCGCAACAGUAAACCAAUGGAGGUGCUAGGCACGUACAACCCGAUCCCUCAGACGCCGCUUGCCUCCCACGACACCCCCGAAUUCACACCCGGCGGCGAGAAGUUUAAACCCAAGAAGUACAAGGACAUCAAGCUCGAUACCGUCCGCACCAAGUACUGGUUGGGUGUCGGCGCCCAGCCUACCGAGCCUGUGGAGAAGUUGCUUUGUAUGGUGAGUGCUUGGUCUCCAUUGGUUCGAAUCAAGGAGGAUGGGAGACGACAGGCGGGAAAAUAG